UUUCCAUUUCCAUUUAUUUUGAAGUUACUCUACACACUUAGCCGUAUAAUAAAUAUUAAAUAUUUCUUUCGGCGAAAAGACAAAACCCUAAAUUGGAGCAAUGGAUGCAGAGGCAGCCAAACCAAUACGCUUCAAGGAAGUGCAAAUUGGUUGCUAUAAGGUCGUACGCAAGAUAGCAUGCGGUUCCUUUGGUGAUAUCUACCUGGCCGUUAAUCCGCAUAGCAGUGAACGAGUGGCCAUCAAAGUAGAGAGCAACAAGGUAAAACACCCGCAACUCAUGUUCGAACGUCGCGUUUACAAGGCUCUCCGGUUGGCUCCUGGCCUGCCCGUAAUUCGUAACUUUCACAAGGGUCCCAACUAUCAGGCCAUGGUAAUGGAUCUCCUGGGACCCUCGUUGCAGCGACUCUUUCUCUUCUGCGAGCGUUACUUCACCAUGAAGACGGUGUUGCUCCUGGGGGAGCAGAUGCUACGCCGGAUUCAAUAUGUCCACGAUCGUGGAUUCCUUCAUCGCGACAUCAAGCCAGCGAAUUUUGUGAUGGGCGUGGGGACAAAAAACCGGGUGGUCUAUCUCAUUGACUUUGGUCUGGCCAAGAAGUACAUGGACAUAUCCACCAAAGUGCAUAUACCAUAUCGUGAGGAACGAUGCCUCACCGGCACAGCUCGCUAUGCCUCCAUCAGUGCCCACGAGGGUGUGGAGUCCUCGCGACGCGAUGACAUGAUGUCCCUGGGCUACAUACUGAUGUAUUUCAAUCGCGGCUCUCUGCCCUGGCAACGGAUCGAGGCCUCCACCAAGCAUCAGCAGUACGAGCGGAUUCUCGAGAAGAAAAUCUCCGUGAGCAAUGAGGUGCUGUGCGAGGGUUUUCCGGGUCAAUUCACUGUCUACUUGGACCUGUGCCGUGGCAUGGGUUUCGACGAGCGACCCGAUUACGAUGAGCUUAUCCGGAUGUUUCAGAUGCUUCGAACUGGCCUGAACCUUCAGGCCGGAGUGGUCUUUGAUUGGGAAAUGCUGACGGUGAAAUAUCAUGGCAGGCAACAGAAUCGCGGCAUUGGAAAGCGAGUGUGGUGCGACAAGGAGCCCACGGAUGAUGGCAAGAGUGGUGAACCGAUAAUCAAGGAUGAGGUUAUAGUCUACUAUCCACCAAAUAGAUGGAUGGCACACUAAGUUAAAAAUUAUUAAACUAUGUAAGAUGUAAGGAUCUCCCACAAUCCCCAUUGAGUGCAAUAUGCACUCUAUGCAAAUCGAAUCGAUAAGCUUUCCCGGAAAACUAUCAACUGUUGCUCACCGCCCCUUUGUUUACGCACCAAUAGGAACAGGGGGGAGAAAAAAAGAAGUGAUUUGAAAAGUGGACGGAAUCGGAAUCACAUCGGAAUCCCCCCCAUAGUCUCCGCAAACAGAUGCGAGUGCUGGAAUGGCGUUCGGCUAAUAUAAAAUUUGUCCGGCUUUUUUUCCAGACUGGACUCGGAGACUGGGAGCGGAUAUAUGAGGAAGGAAUGGGCAUCCCGGCAAAUAGAGCAAUUUAAAUUGGAACGUGAUUAUGCAAACGUUUGCACAGCUUAACUCAAGUGCCGUUCCGUGCCGCUUGGCCAGUUGCCGCUGCUCACACACAUGGAAAACGUGGAGAGGAGCCCAGGACAGAACCCAGUAGAAGCAGCAGGAGAUGGAGAUGUAGAUGGAUACUUUUUGGGGAAACAAGGAAAAAAAUAAAACCAGGACACGACGGUGUGGGAACAUUUACAAGUCUUAAAUCAAUUUUUAAGGACACCGCAGGAAAAUCCAUCUAAGUGCAGCAUGUCUGGGCUUAGGCGCUGACCACUUUAGGUUGUUGUCAAUGCAAGAUUUUCUUGCUAGCAACGAGUCCUGACAGCAGCAUAGAGAUGAGAAUCCAGGGAAACAUCAGGCAUCACCUGGCACUGGAGUUACUUUGGCUAAUUAAUACACACUAAAUACAUAUUAUAGAACGCAAAUAAAUCUUCAUUGAUGAAUACAUGAAACUGAAAAAUCA